GGUUGCGAUGGCGACGGCUUCGGAGCUGCCGGACUGUCUUCUUGUGGAAAUUCUGUCGUUUGUGCCUCUCCGGGACCGAAUCCGGAGCUCUAGGGUGUGUAAGCGCUGGCAGAGGCUGGUUCUGGACAAGACUCUCUGGAAAUGCGUGGAUCUGAGUCCUUACGUGGUCGAGCCCAACGUGCUGUGGCAGCUGAUGCGGCAGUACUUCGGCCCCGGGGUGAAGUCGUUCAAGAUGCGAGGCCGCCUGCUUUCCGGGCCUCGGGGCGCGCUGCUGACCCCCGCCCUGCUGCAGGCGCUGGGGAAGCGCUGUUCGAACCUGGCGUACCUCAGCCUCAUAGAAGAGGAUCUCCGAAAAAUCCCCUUCUCCUGCCUGCCGACGACUCUUCGCUACCUGGAUCUGCAGUGGUGUGAGCUCCCCCAGACCUGGUUUUCCUCAGGGGAUGACCCCAGCAGUGUGCCCCACCUCGAGCACUUGGUGCUGGACCGGGUCCCAGCCUUCUCGGACGCGCAGCUGCUGUCCCUGUCCCACUUCGGGACGCUGUGCUCCCUAGUGCUGAGGGUCACCUACAGGGUGACCUACCAGGGGUUUCUUAAUGGUUUGCCUGGCCUUAGCCACCUCCAGCGUCUUGAGCUGUGUGGGUGCUCUGUGCCUUCUGAUUUGACCCUGCAGAUUGUAGGAAAAAACAUGCCCAGACUUAAGGAGCUGAGGGUGACUGUGACUGGGCUCACAGCCCAAGGGCUGGGUCAUAUAAAGGGCAUAAAGACCUUAGAGCUCCUGGGCCUCAUGGGACCACCUUGUACCCUAGAGGACCUCUCAGUCAAGGACAUCCUCACUUUCUGUGUCUCAAUGCCUAAUCUCAAAACCCUCAGCCUUCAGGGCUUGCGAUUGGAGUCAAAGGAGGAGGCAGUCCUUAAGGAAGGCCUGACCCACUGUGUGCUCACUGUAGAACCACAUCCCCUGGAAGGUGAGGGAUUGGAAAGCCUAGCCUAGUAGCCCCUCACAUCUUUACAUCAGAAGUAUUCAGAGUCUACUCAGACUCUUGAGGUAGUGGAAUCAAGGGACUCUUUUGCUAGGUGAGUUUGGAAAAGCUGUUUCCCCUUCUCUGCACCAAAUUUACUUAAUCUGUAAGAUUUGAAAAAAUGACUUAAGUCCCUUCUAGUUCUAAAUCCUCUAAAAACAGAAAUUUUGAGUUCCAGGAUCUUCAAACAUAUAUACUUACGGGGUUCAUAAAGGGUUGAGGCUUGUGAAGCUUCUCAGAAUAUCCCCCUAUCCUUCCUCUUUACUUCUACUCUCGUCCUUUCUGCCAAGCAGGUAUCCUUGGUAUAGAGGGCAGCAGGCAUUUAUGGUCAAGCAUUGCCCAAGAAUGAAUCUGAAUUUUUGAUAAUAGCAUUCAAGAUUUCCAACCUAGGGUGGAAUGAAAGUGUUGCAGUAGAGCUGAUAUUUAGGAUCUUUUCUAGUUUCCUGAUUGGGGUUAGUUGCUGUGCCCUUCUUGGCCAUCCUAUUCUCACUCCUUGGUUUGGCCUUGAGCAAAGCAGCUCAACCAUGAACAUGGGCAAAAAGUUCCAGAAUUCUUCUUAGGGUCUGGGGGGGGGGGGGGAGGGUACAUGCUCUACUUCACCCUCUAUUCCUUAGCCAUUUGAAUUGGAAAACAAUGCCCUAAAAACUUUUACCCUUUCAUUUCUGAAAUGUUUAUCCUUGGGCUUGCUGCCAUGAUAAAUAGUUGCCUCACCUGGCUUAUAAUUUUAGGCAGGAGAUAACCUUGUUUCACUAUACAACUCUUUCCCUCUCCCUCUCUUGUGACCAUCUUUUCUAGGAUACCUACCCCAGGUAUUUCCCUUCUGAAACCAUAAAAUUACCCCUGCUGUAGUUUUUAGGAGUGUCUACCUAUUUCUCUAUGUUCCCUUUUAUUAUCUCUGUAACUUUCCUUAUCAAAGUACCUUUCUGCAUUCGAAUAUGUGCUUCUUGUUGAAUGGGUCUGUCUUUAUAUUUCCAGUGCUUAGUUGUGUAAUAUUGUAACCAAGGCUUUGGGACACAUUCUUUCAAAAUGACUAGAUCUUUGGCUCAGCUCUUUAUACACAAAUGCUUCAUGCCUCCCAAACCCUGGAUUAUUCACCAAUUGAGUUUUUGUUUCUUUGACCCUAGACUGGUAUUCUCAGUAUCCUGAGCUUUGUUUUAAGUAAGUGAGGUAGGCUGGAUCUGUUUUGGGGGCCAGAGGGAGUUUUUUCCUGAGCUACCAGUUAGGUUAGAAUCUCUGAAAGAGUUCUUUGAUCUGUCUACCAACAAUCAUUUAUUAAAUGUAUAUUACGUGCCAGCACUAGAAAUAGAAGAAAAUGAUAGUGAUUCAAAUCCAAGUGAGACCCUGCUCUCAAGGAGUUUACUUUCUGUAUAAAAAUAUAACAUGUAUAAGUAGAUUGUCAUUGUCGUCAGAACUGGAAGAGAUCCUGAAAUUACCUUAACUUUAUAAUAGGUAGCAAACUGACUUCCCUGACUUGUUGACUGAUGGAGAAGGGGGUAGGACAGGGAGGGACAAGAGAUUGUAAAAUCUAUUGCUAGCAAUUUGAUCACUUUAAUCCUACAGAGUAAGAGGGUGACAGAAAAGUCCAACAUGUCUGUAUAGGGAGCUCCUUAGUCUUAACUGAAGAAUCCCCUCAAAGGAUAGAGGUGCCUGGCAGAAGAUGGAGUAGCUAUUCCUCCCUGGGGAGGGCCCUUCAGAAUCUGAAGAUGGGGCCAGAGGGAGAUGUCAAUGGAUAUUAGGAGUGAAGUCAUAAUGAAUUUGAAAAUAGAAUUCCUAUACUCCUUCCUGUGUUUCUGUCUACCUGAAAGACAAGAAACAAAACUGGGAGAAAUAGGAAUUUGAGCAGUUCACUGUCUUGGAGUGAAGUUUGGAGAGGGACAGAAGGUGGCUUGUUGAUUAGCCUCUUCCUUACACUGGAAUAAUAAACUUGGAAGACUACUUUUACAUUUAAAAUGGGAUGUAAGGUGGGGAGUUGUAAGGUUUGAGUAGCAAUCAUGGACUUAGACACUAAAUUGUUUUGAAGAUGUGAAUUAUUGAGGAAUCCUAUAGAAAAUCAUCCCCACCCCUCAAAAAUAUAUGGAGAGAAGGGGUGAGUAAUAAGUGUUAUAGUUGGUAGGACUGUUCUGCUUUCUCUACUCUUGUUCCAAGGCUUUCCAGUUUGAAUUAACUUUUUAAAAAAUUCUCUAAAUUAGGACUUUGGUCCCGUUUCAGAGAGCAGGAAACUGGAAGCCAAAAGCUGAAACAAGGUUUGCCCCCAGGUAACAGUAUUGUAAUUCUUAUGACUUUUCUCACAUACUGUGGCCAAAUUUUGGGGGAGGGACGAUAAUCGACUAUGAAAGACUUUAUUCUUCUCAGUGGUUUAGCGAUUCAAAGCAUUCCCAAUAGAUUUUGGACAGAAAAUGCCAUCUGCAUCCAGAGGGAGAACUGAGGAGACUGAACGUAAAUCAAUACAUGCUAUGUUCAUUUCUUUUUUUUAAUCUCUCCCAUGGUUUUUCCCUCCUGCUCUGAAUGUGAUUUAUCUCUCAAUGUGAUUCCUCUCUCAAUGUGAUUCAUAGAGCAAUGUGUGUUAAAAUAAACAAAUUUUGGGUGGGGAGGGGGGUAGUGUAGUGGGGGAGUCUGCUUUUAUCUCUUUGCUAAGACUAUAUUUUUCUGUCUUGAGACCCUGAAAGCCCAUAUUCUGAUAAGCAGCUAGGGGUUAGGUUAUGGAUGUGAUUGACUUGGUUGGAUUGGUAACAAAGAAAUCCCUAUCAGACCAUCACAAAUGGAAGGGGACUUGGAAUUAAUUCUGAAAGAAUUAGACUUGCCUAAGGUUACACAGCAAGUUAAUAGACUUGGGGCUAAAAGUCGGGUGUCUCAUGCCCUACAAUAUUUCUCUUCUAUAAAAAGCUGUCUCUAACUUCCUUCAGUGACUCUACAGGUUUGUUAUCCUAAGGAUUUCCCUAAACCUUCUAAGACCAGCACUGAGAUUCUCCAAAGAGCCUCCUUGAGAGCCUCACUGGGAAGAUGAUCAAGUGCCAUAUGCCUAUUAGAACAUUUCUUUGUGUGUAUCCUUUUUCAGAUUGUGAAUAAAAAUGUUAAAAUCCGUGGACAA